AUGGGUUCAGAGAGAGAUAGCGGGAAAAAGCAAAAGAAAAGUAAAAUCACAAAAAGGGCCAAAAAUCAACAAGGAAAAACCGAAAAGAAGAAAAUUGGCACCCACCGUCCAGGGAGCCGGGAACUGGGGAAAUGGCACGUUUUCCUGCAAAGCUUGGGAUAUCGGGUUGUUUUGACAUGGGCCAUGUUGGUAAUCUAG